AUGCUAUAUAGUGAAUAUCACACACUAUCUCAUGAAUCCCAUGUCCAAGCAUCUGUCCUCUGUUCUAAAACCUAUUCUCUUUCCCUUAGAGUUCGGAGUGGUGGCCAUGAUUUGGAAGGUCUCUCUUACCAAUCUCUGGACAACCAACCUUUCAUCAUUCUUGACCUCACCAACUUCCGAUCAGUAACCGUUGAUAUAGAGCAUUGCAAUGCAUUGGUUGAGGCCGGCGCAACUGUUGGAGACCUAUACUAUCAAAUUGCCAAACAAACCACAACACUUAAAUUCCCGGCGGGCACCUUCCCCACUGUUGGCGUCAGCGGGCAGAUAAGUACCGACGGCUUUGGAACUCUUGUCAGGAAGUACGGACUCGCAGCUGAUGUCUUGGAUGUAAGACUUGUGGACGUGUAUGGCCGGAUAUUGGACAAAGAUUCCAUGGGAGAGGAUCUCUUUUGGGCUGUGAGAGGUGGUGAAGCUGUGAGCUUUUGUGUUGUUCUUUCAUGGAAGUUGAGGUUAGUUCCAGUCCCUCAAACUAUUACCUUGUUCAAUGUCGCCAAAUCAUUACAGGAUGGUGCAAUAGAUAUCGUUGACAAGUGGAAGCAGGAAAGCAGUCUUUACAUCCAUUUAAUGGAUUUCAAGACUGAAAGGAAAGGCAAGUGCUACAAGAAUCCUAAUGGUGGUGGUGCGAGCAACUGGUCUCAACUUCUUCUUGAAAACCCAUUUACAACCCAAAAGUUUACUCCCAAGACUCAGGGAAGUUCCUAUAUAGGAAUAGGAACUGAUCCAGAAGUAGAGCUAGAGGUCAGAGGUACAAAAGGAGUGGGACUGGAGGCUGAUCUCAGAGGAAAGAUGUUCUCAAAGAUAAAUCAAGCUGAGAGCAAAGCCUCCCCCCAUAAGUUCUUAGGUACAGCAGAACUUAAUAGCAUGAAUGAAGACAUAGCAUUAGAAGUAUACUCUCUACCUCUAUCAUAUCUAAGAACCUUAAUGGUCUUGCCUAGCUGGUUCUCAGCUUCAGCUUUGAAAAUCAUAAACUUGCUAAGGGCUUCAUCUUUGGAUUUGAUCAGGAGCGUCCAACAAAAGGCUAAUUUUAAAGCUAAGUCUGACUAUGCAGUGAAUCUUCUACCAAGAGCUGCAUUAAAGAUCUUGUGGGAUAGUUUACUGCAAGUUGAUAGGGCAUUCAUUUAUUUUGAACCAUAUGGUGGGAAGAUGGCUGAGAUUCCAGAGUUCCAGAUACCAUUUCUUCAUAGGAAGGGAAGUCUAUUCAUCAUCCUUUAUCUUGUGGCAUGGGCAGAGGAGGCUGAAAAAAACUUGGACUGGGUUAGAAAUUUAUAUAAUCAAAUGACGCCUCAUGUCUCAAAGAAGCCCAGGGGUGCAUACUUGAACUAUAGAGAUUUAUAUCUAGGAAUGAACGAAGGGAGAAACACAAGCUAUUCCAUGGCUGAGGUGUGGGGUCACAAAUACUUUAAGGGUAACUUCUUAAGAUUGGCUCUUGUCAAGGGUGAAGUUGAUCUUGCUGAUUUCUUCUGGAAUGAACAGAGCAUUCCUCCUCUGGUGCUUGUUAAGCUUUAUUAA